GGCCACGCCCCAGAUCACAAUAUCAUCGGCCCUGAUCUUCCCACGUCAGCAAGCGUUCCCACAAGAACCUAAAGUGAUCUGUGGGCUCCACGUCAGCACGCAGGACAAAACCAACCGCACCUAUAUAUAUAGCAGGCAUCGUCACCAGCCCUGGUCAGGGGCACGAAAAAGCAGCGCCGGUGGAGGGAGGGAGUUGGAGUCGCCGGCAAAUUGCACCUUCCUCGCUGCUGGAAAUGUUCACUGUAAAUUUAGGUUUUCAACUGGAGCUUUAGUUUUUGUGUUGCCAUGCGGUAUCGGGUGCGGGAAAAUUUAUUCAUUGGCAAUAUUGAUGGCGCAGCGGAUAUUCUGCAGAAUGGCAGUGCUGAAAUCACACAUAUCUUAUCUGUUCUCAGCUCAGUGUCAAUAUCAUUUUUCUCUGAAUGGCGUAGCAGUCUUUCCAUCCCAGCCAAAGAAAUUCGGAAAGAAUAUGUUGGUGAGUCAGAGUCAGUAAGAUCGGAGGAUGAGUCUGGAGAGGGUUCGAAGGGUUCAGUGCCACCAGGGAAGAUUCUUUACUCAUUAGAAUAUGCAGGCAAAGAUUUGAAGUUGGUGAGGAUGGCGGUGCCACUUAAAGAUAUGGAAAGCGAAGAUUUGUUGGAUUCAUUGGAUGUAUGUUUGGAUUUUAUCGAUGAAAGUAGAAAAGAGGGAUCUGUCUUAGUGCACUGCUUUGCUGGUGUAUCAAGAAGUGCAGCUGUCAUUACAGCAUAUCUGAUGAGAACCGAACAACUAUCUCUAGAAGAUGCACUGAAUUCCUUACGGCAAAGCUGUGAGUUUGUUUGCCCCAAUGAUGGAUUUUUGGAGCAGUUACAAAUGUUUGAGGAUAUGGGUUUUAAGGUUGAUCGUGGUAGCCCAAUAUACAGACGAUUUCACCUGAAAUUGUUAGGUGACUCUUAUCACCGUGGUGAGAGAAUAGAUAGGUCUAAAUUUGGGGCAGAUCCUGGGUUGCAGACAGAAAUUGGAUCUUCUGUGGUUGAAGCAUCAUCAAAUGGAGGAAUCAAUACAACUACUGCCUACCGCUGCAAGAAAUGCAGAAGAGUUGUUGCAUUGCAAGAAAAUGUUGUGGAUCACAUUCCAGGUGAGGGUGAGACAUCCUUCGAAUGGCACAAGUGGAAAAGUGGGAAUCCCUUCAACAGGUCUAGUGAGUCUGAGUGCUCAUCAAUCUUUGUUUUGCCUCUGCGAUGGAUGACAGCAGUUGAAGAAGGUGCAAUGGAAGGCAAGCUCUCGUGCUCUCAUUGCGAAGCUCGCUUGGGUUAUUUCAAUUGGUCAGGUGUCCAAUGCAGUUGCGGUAGCUGGAUCACACCCGCCUUUCAGCUCCACAAAAGCCGAGUUGACUUAAGCACUGUCUGAAAAAUGAAAGAUCAAAAUGGAUGAAGAGGCUUUCCUUCUAGACUAGUCUACAAUUAUACAAAAUUAUGAAAAAUGGUUUGUCAUGGAGGUCGGCAUAUAUGCAGCCCCAAGUUGUUUGUGUUGAACUGAAUUGCUUCAAUUUGAUUGUGGUGAAAAUUGUGAAUGCCGUGUGGUUUUUAUUAGCUUGAAUAUUGUAUUUGAAUUACAAGGCAAUAUAAUUUUAGUACUGCAGUGGGAAGGCUUUACCCAUUUUGUGGUCA